CACCUCCCUCCGCCCUGGCAGCGCCGGCCUCCGUCAGGGGCCGUGAGGGCCUCAGCGGCGGCCGGGCCCGGGCUGAGCCUCCCCGCGGCCGGCACGGCGCUCGGGGCAGCGUCCGCUCCCUGCCCAGCGCCUCCCGACCCCACAGUGAUUUCAGCAGCCAAUAAAUAAUAAAAAAGGAAAGAAAACCCCAUAAAAAUGAUGUCAAGACAAGCUUUCCUGUGCAGCGUGGGCUCUCUUUACCUCUCCCUCCUGUUCAUCUUCCUGCUGAUGGACGUUUAUGCCAGGCCUGCCAACCACUCUGUGCUGAAGGAGAGGGCAGGGGAGGCCAGGGAGGAGAACGAGAUCCUGCCCCCCGACCACCUGAACGGCGUCAAGAUGGAGCUGGACGGGCACCUGAACAAGGAGUUCCACCAGGAGGUGUUCCUGGGCAAGGAGCGCGAGGAGUUCGAGGAGGACUCGCAGCCCCGCCGGAACCGGAGGAAGCUCGUGGGCAUCUUCUCCAAGGUGGAUAUCAAUAAUGAUAAAAAAAUCAGUGCCAAGGAAAUGCAGCGUUGGAUCAUGGAGAAAACAGAUGAACAUUUCCAGGAGGCCGUGGAGGAGAACAAAAUGCACUUCAGAGCUGUGGAUCCUGAUGGGGAUGGUCGAGUUUCUUGGGAUGAAUAUAAAAUUAAAUUCUUGGCAAGCAAAGGCUUCAAUGAAAAGGAAAUUGCAGAGAAAAUCAAAAACAACGAGGAGUUGAAAAUAGAUGAAGAAACGCAGGAAGUGCUGGACAACCUGAAGGAUCGCUGGUACCAGGCGGACAAUCCCCCCCCGGACCUGCUGCUGAGCGAGCAGGAGUUCCUGUCCUUCCUGCACCCCGAGCACAGCCGCGGCAUGCUGCACUUCAUGGUGCAGGAGAUCGUCCGGGACCUCGAUCAGGACGGGGAUAAGAAGCUGACCCUGUCAGAGUUCAUCUCCCUGCCCGUGGGCACGGUGGAGAACCAGCAGGCUCAGGACAUCGACGAUGACUGGGUGAGGGACAGGAGGAAGGAGUUCCAGGAGGUCAUCGACGCCAACCAUGACGGCAUCGUCACCAUGGAGGAGCUGGAGGAGUACAUGGAUCCCAUGAACGAGCACAACGCGCUGAACGAGGCGCGGCAGAUGAUCGCCGUGGCCGACGAGAACCAGAACCACCACCUGGAGCUGGAGGAGAUCCUCAAGUACAGCGAGUACUUCACGGGCAGCAAGCUCAUGGAUUACGCCCGCAACGUCCACGAGGAGUUCUGAGCUUCCUCCUCCCCCUUGCCAGAACUUUCUGUUACACUCCCAGCCCCUCCCAGAAAAAAAAAUCCCAGGGAAAAAGGAUUCAGCUGAGCAGCGGGAAUUGCUGGUUGCAGAUUCCCGAUUUUCCGUCCGUCCCAGCUCCUUGGAGAGGUUUUUGCUGCUGGAAGAAAUGGUGGGAAUUCCUGGAUUCAGGUAGAUUUCCUUCUUAGUUUGGGGGGUUGAGCCAGCUGGAAUUCUGGGUAUGAGGAUCCUGGAAUAUUCCCUGGUUUCCAUCAGCUGCUGAUGCAGGGGAUCCCAAAUAAAACUUGGAUUUUGGGAAUUUUGGUGGUUCCAAGGAAUGUUUGUCCUCCACACCCAAAUUACAUUGGGAAAGCUCGUUAAAUCUCAACUACUGAUCCAAUAAAAUUUGGAUUUUGGGAAUUUUCCAAGGAGUGUUGGAUCUCCUGGGAAUUGCCCUCUUAGCUGCUGAUCCAGGGAAUCCCAAAUAAAACCUGGAUUUGGGGAAUUUUGGUGGUUCCAAGGAAUGUUUGUCCUCCACACCCAAUUCCACUUGGGAGGCUCUUUAAAUAUUUGUUUCCCUCAGCUGCUGAUCCAGGGAAUCCCAAAUAAAGGUUGGAUUUUGGGAAUUUUGGUGGUUCCAGGGAAUGUUUGACCUCCUGGGAAUAUCCACACUCAAUUCCAGUAUUUUUUCGAUUUCUUGAAGAGUUCUAGGGAAUUUAAUGAAAUUUUUUCAGGGAGCUGUGGGGAAGAAUUUAUUUGAAAUGUUACAGAAAAACUUUUCGGAAUUAAUUUUAAAAAAUAAAAUAACAUUAAUUAAGAUAAAGUUAAUAUAAAAUGACAUUGUUUUGUUGACAUCUGCACUGGGAAUGGGAGAUUAUGGCUUUAAAAUAUCAGAUUUUAGUCAAAAUUCAAACAAUUGGGAAGUUUUUUUGGAAUUUAAGCUAUUGGACAGAGCAGUGGGAAUUCCCAUGGAGUUUGAUGGCUGCUUAAUUAAUAUUCACUGCUAAAAUUAAUGAGCUCUGUGCUAAUUAAUGCUGUUAAUGAGCUGCUGAUGAUGAUUUGGGGGAAAUUCCAGGCUUUGGGCGAGCUCUUUCCCAAAUAAAAUUGACUUUUUUCCCUCUGCUUCCAUCUUUCCUGGGAAAAACCCCUCUUUGGGAAAGAAUUCCUGAAAAUCUGAGAUGUUUUAUUUGAAUAAAUUUAUUCUUAAUAUAAUGUAAAUACAGGAAUUGCUACACCUCUUUCCCUUUUCCUGCUCUUUAUUUGAUGUUUUUAUUAAAUUCCUUGGAUAAAAGAUUUUAUAUUCUUUUUGUUUUGAUUUUCCAUUAAAUAUUUCUCUCCAUGCUUUGGAAAUUCUGCUGCUUUUAAGGUUUGUUGGG